AUGGCUCUACGACUUUAUCGAGUUCCUCCAGAGGCUCAAGAUGAAAAUGGAAAACCGCUGUUAAACGACCCACUCAGCGAGUCAUAUCUUCUGCGCGAAUAUCCGGUGGCUGCAGCGGCUAAACUGACCGAAUAUGGCCUCACCACUAUACCCGACGCCCGACUGCUCGAGCUUUUGGAGAUGGAUCUGGAUAGCCCGAAGCCGAGGAUGCACACCAGCACCUCGAGGGAUUGGCAAAUUGCCACGUCGCGUCUCCCCACAAAGUUGCUCACCAACGAUGAGCGAGUUGACAAGCUAAAGUCAUUUCCUAUCGUGCAGCUGCGGGACGGUAGCUGGACGUCCGCGGCUUCCAGGCCAGUAUAUUUUCCUAACUCAGAACACAGUGCUAUCCCUGAGUCGUUGAAGUUCGGGGAUGUGGCUCUAUUCGCAACAUUCCAACCUGGACGAAGAACGUUAUAUGGAAAACUCGGAGUGAUUCAGCCCACAGCCAAGGAAGUCAGACAGAAGAUCCUGGACACUUUCAAAUCAGCUGAAACUUUACUACUUGACGACGUCUACGAGUAUCUUCGCUACCUAUACCUGACACAUCAGUCUUUCAAUCUUGUCACUCCCAUGAACAGCCCUAUGGUGACGUGA